AUGUUGCUGAGCGCCUCACGAGCUCCGUAUAGAGCGGCAGACACCCUCAUGCCUGCCGCUCCGGGGGCUCCCUGGUUGGCCUUGCGAAAGCGCGUCAUCAAACAGUGGCAAUUCGCCUAUAAUCGGGCCCAUCCUGCCCUGGACACCCACGGCCCGGAUCCUGGACUCCACUCGGGGAACAGUGAUUUUCCCAUGUGCAGUGAUUUCGUACGGAUGGCUAUGGUCUGCCGAGAGGAUAUUCUUUUAGCAUCUAUUACUACAUAUAUAAUCGGGCCCAUCCUGCCCUGGACACCACCGGGCCCCCGGAUCCUGGACUCCACUCGGGGAACAGUGAUUUUCCCAUGUGCAGUGAUUUCGUACGGAUGGCUAUGGUCUGCCGAGAGGAUAUUCUUU